CACACACACGUGAGCACAUCAUGAUAAGCGAAUAUUAGCACAAGAGAGACGGCGGCUUAAAAAUUCAUUUCGAUUUCGUCAGUGGCCGUGCGCGCAUGAAUUAUUCUUAAAAAAAGAAAACAAUGGAGCAGGUGGAAAGUUUUUUAGCUGAUAAAACUGUGGAAGCUUGUUCUCAACACAAUCAUGUCCCCAAUAAAUCGAAACCCACUGAAAACGCUGACAAAAGCGACAGCGAUGUGGAAAUAGUCGAAUGCUUCGGUCUGGAUGAGCCAAAUUCACAAAAAAUAGGCGAAAAUACACUCUUUCCUCCAGCGAAGAGGAAUGUGACGCAAAUUCCGUUGCCGUUGGCCACGCCGCCGUGGUCGCCCACAGACACUGCAAUGCCUAUCCUCACGAACCUGCUGAGCGGGAACGGACCCAUCCAAAUUCCACCUGGCAUGGUACUUUGCAUUCCGUGCUAUCUGUGCCAGAAGCAGUUCUACGACGUUGAUCUUCUCAAGGAGCACCUAAACCAACAUGUCAUGGAAAUGUACCAAAAUAGUUCGCAGCCGCAAGUCACGGGUCAGCCAACCAUGCCACAGCCUUUCUUAAAACCGAUUAAAAUCCACUUUUCAAGUGAACAAUCAAAACUACCGCGCGAUCCAUCAUUUAAUAACACAUAUUUACAACAUAUAAAAAAAAAUAAAGACUCCGCCGAAUGUUCGAUUUGCAAGAUCGUGCUAAGCUCUCGCCAGUGCCUGGAUUUACACCAUAGGCGCUUCCAUAAGGAGAAACCACGCAAAAGGGAGAAGCGUUUCGCAUGCAUGUACUGCAACUUGCAGUACGUACACAAAGGCCACUUAAAUCGACAUAUAAAAAAAGUCCACAAUUUUCAUGGUUUUGAUCUUCCAAAAGAACCAGCGUGUCGGAUUCCGUCCCCCUGUUCAUCUUCAGCGUCCACAUCGGAGUCAAAUUCAACAGAAACUAGCACUGAAUUGUUUAUUGCAGAGCCAGCCGUCGACUAUAAUCCGACCAGCGGAGAGUUCAUAGCGCCCUGGGAAUUGGGCAAUGGGGAGCCAACCGCUGAAUAUUGUCCUCCCAUAUUGCCCUCAGUAGAAGCGAGCCCUCAAACGAUUAAAGCGGAGCCUGGCGUCAAUUCAUGUGCGGCAAGCGAAUCGACUGAAGAGCUGGCAGCGAAGGCAGCCGCCCACUACUGUCCGCCCGCCCAGUGGGCCGCCAUGGGCCUCCCGUUUGCAAAUGGUUACUUCAUUCCCAUGGAUCCCAAUAAAAUUUAUCCACCACGACGGGACGAUUGCUUCUUUCCUGAAUUUAGCAACUGGAUCAGCGAAGAAGAUAUGGAGAAGUAUGCCGGACGGGGCCAGACCUGAAAUGCACUCUAAGAAGGAGACUGAAGCCUUAAUGGAUAUAUGCAAUUCCACUUUUAAUUUUUGUCAUUAAUUAUCAGCAAAGCUGAUAGUCCGCUUUAACCGUUUGAGUGAAUUCCACUCGUAUCUGUCGGCACUCGUACGUAAUAGAAGUGGUACUGGAGACCCAAUCCAAUACCAAAAACUAAUAAAGAACUGAAAUCCAAGAAAUAUUAUUCCGAGUGUUUACAAAAAU